AUGGAAAAAGUAUAUCAAUUAAAUCAAAAUCAAAGAAGUAUUACACUAUCGGAAGCAAUUGAUAACAAAGAAUUUCCGUUUCAUCGAGAUAAAGCAGUAUCAGCAAAGACACCAUCGAUUCACUUUGUAAAUGGAUUUCAAAUACCAAUUAUUGGUUUGGGAACCUAUGAUAUGCCUACUAAUCAGUCAGUGAUGGACAACAUAAUCAAUGUGGCCAUUGAUAUCGGUUAUAGACAUAUAGAUACGGCUUAUAUUUAUCAAAAUGAAGAAAUGAUUGGCAAAACUUUAAGAGAUAUAUUUGCAAACAAUAAGACAAAAAGAGAGGAUCUGUUCAUCACUAGCAAAGUGUGGAGCACUUAUCAUAAGCGGUCGGCAGUUGCCGAGGCAUUGAAACUAUCGCUCAAUAACUUAGGACUCGAUUAUCUCGAUUUGGCAUUAAUUCAUUGGCCAAUAGCUGUCAGGUCGGGAACUGGAUAUUUGUGGCCAUUGGAUGAAAAUAACCAGACAUUGGACGAUGAUAUCAGUGUUGUCGAGACGUGGAAAGGUAUGGAAGACGCCUAUAGAUUGGGUUUAGCUAAGAGUAUCGGUGUUUCCAACUUUAACUCCGAACAAUUGAGUCGUGUUUUGAAACACACUUUCAUCAAACCUGUCGUCAAUCAGUUUGAAAUACAUCCAUAUCUGUCACAAGAAAAGUUGGUUGAAUUUUGUCACAACAAUAGCAUACAAGUGAUAGCUUACUGUCCCAUAGGAAAGGCUCAUAAAGGGCUACUAAAUGAACCAAUUUUGACAACAAUUGCGUCCAACAAUAACAAGACUGUACCGCAAGUUAUGUUGCGAUGGCUUAUUCAGAGAGAUAUCAUUAUAAUACCAAAAACAUCAAAAACUUAUCGUUUGAGUGAAAACUUCAAUAUAUUUGACUUUCAAUUGACUGACGAAGAGAUGACUGAAAUAUUUAAAUUAAAUAAAAACAUGAGAUUUAUUAAUCCAAUUGAAGCAAUCAAUAACAAGGAAUAUCCCUUUAAUAGAGAAUUUUAA